AUGAGCUCUAAUUACGUCGAUCCUGGGUUAUUUGACACGUUGAAUCCUUCGACUUCAAGUUCUGCUAGUGUUACUUCAGAUCAGUCCAAAAAUUCACGACGAGUUUAUCGCCCUGUUCCAGAAGAUAAGCGCAAAUCUUUGGACUAUAUUGUUUCUCGUCAACGAAACAACAAAGCUGUACGGCUCUGCCGGGCGAACAAUAAAGUUCGACAGGAUAGUAUGCGCAUCAAGGCGGAAGGCUAUCAAGCACUUACGGCUUACUAUAAACAAGAAGCUGCUGUUAUGAAGGGAUAUCUUACGCAACUCCAACAGCUGGUGCAGCGCCAGGUGCGUUCUCGCGAACAAUUCAAUGAUCAACUACAAGCUCUCUUUGAGGAGGAGAGUGCGAGGCGCUCCGUAUUUGAAGCUAGAGGGGAGCAAAUUCGGCAGAUGUAUGCGGAGAGAGUGCGAAGUGUGAUUGACGGAAAUCGCAGUGGACAGGAACUACAACAACCCACAUCAUCUUCGACUCAUGGGUUGGUUGUUGAAAACCUCCCGGACCCCGCUUUCGGGGGUGGUGCAGGUUCUGCCGUAUCCCCGCCCUCAACCACGAGCUCCUCACUUUCCUCGAACUUUUCCAGUCAAUCCUCACUGAAAACUUUUGACCCUUUUUCCCCUUCUUUUUCGCUACCACCAUUUCCGCCACAGUAG